AUGCCCCUGUUUCGACACUCCGGCGGCUCCGGCGGAUUCCCCACCGGCUUCCGGGCGCCAGCGACUGCCGGCAUCGAUUCGGCGGACACGGCCGCAGCCACCCUCUCCUUGUUGCCGCUGCGGCGGAGAGAAAGGACGGUGAUUUACCCCGACAGCAAAGGGGUCACGCAGGCUGAAAUCACAGUUGCUCGACUUGCAAAGAGGGCUCACAUUGAGUACCACCAGCCCGUGCGAGAAAAAAAGGCUGCCCAAGAAGGGGGUGCGGAGUGCGGCAACGAGGCAGAGGCCGCGGUUGACACCGGAUCCGCGCAGGAAAACACACAUCCAGGGGGCGGAGACCCCGUCAUCGAGCAGAAGAAGCAACAACUCCCACAAGGACAGGACGCAGGUUGUGGUACGGCGCAAGAGGGAGACGAGGAAGAGGAGGAAAAGAGCGAGGUUGUGUCGCGCUAUCCAGUAAGCCCGUAUGGAAAACUUUAUUUUCAGGUGGAGACCGAUGCAGCCACUCGACAUGAGUCGACGGGCAUUAUUAUCAUUGAAACUGAGCAGUUGGGCGUGAUGAUGUAUGAUCGCGCCGGUCGACAGUUUGGCAACCGUCCAGAUCCUGGGUAUCCCAUCAAAGAAGAGGAUGUCAACAACGCCAAGGCGGGCAUGACACUUAAGGUUGCCUCCAAGACCGUUAUGCUUAUAACAGCACUGAAAGAGGAAUCCUUCCGCAGUGGGGAAUUUUUCCUUCGUUAUGAGCACCAACUUCGAAAAAAGGAAGAAAAACAAAAAGAAAAGGCUGCGGCCGCAGCGGGCUUACACGUUAUAAAGCCUAAAAUGUCUUUUGGCCAAAGCCUUUCAGGAUGCAUUUUUGCUCAGCCAGUAUUUCGCAAACGGCCACGGGACGGCCAAACCGGAUUUACCGUUCCUGUUGCAGGUCGACCAAAGACGGGACCAAGCGGUAUCCGGGCCGAACUGAAGCCAUUACACGAUCCUGACCGUGAGGGUGCCGUCGUACUCUUUCGGGCAGACUAUAAGCGAGACGCCAAUGGCCGCCUACAGGUAUCGGUUGUGGUGGAUCCUAUCAUUGGUGACAAGUUGCGGCCCCAUCAGAGGGCGGGGGUGCAAUUUCUUUUUGACUGCAUCACAGGGGAGCGGAUGCCUGGCUAUCAUGGCGCCAUCCUCGCGGAUGAAAUGGGCCUUGGCAAAACUAUUCAAACCGUCGCCACCAUCUACACGUGCCUUCGUCAAGGAAAACAUGGGGUGCCCACAGCCCGCAAGUGUCUUGUUGUCACCCCUUCUUCGCUUGUGAAAAACUGGUGUAACGAGUUUGAUAAAUGGCUGGGCGAAGGGGCAGUGAAGUACUUUUCUAUAUCCGAAUCCACACCAAAGGGCGAUCGCAUUAUCUCCCGCUUUGAUGGAGAGGGCGAUGUCCUUGUUAUAUCCUACGAUCAGCUAAGGAAGUAUAUCACCCGCAUCUCCACUCUUAGGUCUGUGGAGCUGGUGGUGUGUGACGAAGGUCACCGGCUGAAGAACGCCGAGGUGAAGACGACAAAGGCGGUGGACAUGUUGCCGACACGUAACCGCAUCAUUCUCAGUGGCACGCCGAUUCAAAAUGAUCUUUCAGAGUUUCACGCCAUGGUGGGAUUUGUCAAUCCCGGUAUAUUGGGCAGCCGUGAUGUGUUUGCGCGUGUCUUUGAGGAGCCGGUGAUGCAGGGACGAGACCCCGAUUGCCCAGAGCACCUUCGUUCCCUCGGCUCGGAUCGCGCCCAUUAUUUGUCAAACUUAACGCAGCGUUUUAUUCUUCGCCGCACGCAGUCAAUUAAUGAGUCGUACCUGCCUCCAAAGGUAGAUGUGACAGUGUUUGUGCGACUUGGAGAACUACAAAGUGUCGCUUAUGAAAAGUUGUCAGAUCUUGUUGAAGGUUCCUCGUGCCCGCCUCUUGUGCUCAUAUCCGCCCUGCGAAAGUUGUGCAACCACAUGGAUCUCUUUUACGAGGCGGUGUUAAAUUCCAGCAAGGAGGAGGUUAGGGAGGGACAUGGUAUACCAAAGUCUGUGCUUCCGAAAGGAUACAAGUCAGGGACUCUUUCUGAGGCGGCUGGAGGGAAAAUGCAUUUUGUCUCUCUUAUGUUGGAUGAGUUGCGCAACAACGGAGACCGUGACAAACUUGUCAUUGUUUCGAACUUCACUCAGACAUUAGAUGUCAUUGCCAACAUGUGCCGUCAAAAACGCAUUAGUUUCUUUCAACUUGAUGGCAGCAUGCCAGUCAAACGCCGGCAGGAAGUGGUGGACCGCUUUAAUGUCCCCGAAUCGCAGGAGAUUGUCUUUUUACUUUCUUCCAAGGCUGGCGGUGUUGGAUUAAAUCUCAUUGGCGCAAACCGACUGAUUUUAUUUGACCCCGACUGGAACCCUGCGAAUGACGCCCAAGCAAUGGGACGUGUUUGGCGUGACGGACAGAAGAAACGGGUCUUCAUCUACCGCUUACUUAGCGCCGGAUCCAUUGAGGAAAAGAUAUAUCAACGUCAGGUAAGCAAACAGGGACUCUCGGCCAAUGUUGUCGACAUGAAGAGUGACUCCAAGCAACAUUUCACGCUGGAGGAGCUGCGGUCCCUCUUUUGUUAUCGUAAGGAUACCCGUUCUGACACGCAUGAUCUCCUGCACUGCACCAACUGCGAGGCGGUGGUGGAACUGUUGGCAUCAUCCUCAUCUGGAGCAGGGAAAGCCAAGGAGCUCUCAGCGCCAAUGAAGUUUCGUCGCGUUGGUGAGAAGAAGAGCGGACCUCGAAUGGAUGAACUAAGAGGAUGGCGUCAUUUUGCCCGAUGUGAGGAGUUUCCACUAGACAAGGUGGUGCGUGCCAUAUCUAGCAAGGCACCAGGGUUGUGCAGCUUUAUCUUUGCCGAUGAGCGCGACAACACGGCGAGUGCGGCUACCGACGGUAAGAGUAGGGAAGGCACCGGCAAAGCAGCCACAGUGCGGGUGGAGCGCCCCUUCGUGCAGGACGAGGAACAAAUUAUUUGCCCCAGUCAACAAGAGCAUCUCUCGGAGGAGUCAGAGCUUGAAAUUGAGUUGCAUGACGACGACGACGACGACGAUGAAGAAGAAGAAGAAGAAGAAGAAGAGGAAUUUGAGGAGGUGGAGGAUGAUGAUGAUGAGGAAUAA